UUGGCCUGACACUCACAGCUUUUUGGGACUGUUGAGAACUAGGAACUAGACUGUCCGGCCUCCUUCCUCUGCCAAGAUCCUUAGUCUCCCUGGAAGGGCAAGGCCUUGGACUGCUGUGCUGCCAUGAGCAAGGAGAGACCACCUGUGUUCUGCAGGUCGGUUGACUACCAGCCCCUGCAGAGUACAUCAGGAAGCACUGAAGAUGAAACACACGCUCAGGGCUUGACCUCAGUAGUAACCAAAGAAGUGGCGUCUUUAAGAAAUGUCAGCUUGAUUACAAGAAGAAAGAAAAUGCUAGGGGAGAUGGAACCAUUUGAUAAACUGGAUUCGUCGGCUUUACUUCAGCUGGAGUCGGCUCUGGACCUGGAGAGAUCAUGCAGACAGGAGUUCCCAGAGGGACCUCAGGGGGCAUUUCACUGUAAAAGGAAAGCUAAAGUGAAGAGACACCAGUCUGACUUGCGGUUAGAAAUCGAACGUCUGAAAAAGGGUGGGGUGCAGCGGGACUCAGGCCCGCCUUCCUGGGCGCUUUCCGAUACGACUUGCAAUGCCGUGGCUCAGAAAGAGACUGACGCAGUCGAGAAAGCAUUUGAACAAAAUCUGAAGAUCAAGUUUUACAUCAGUUCGGAAUCCGCGUCUCCUUCUUCACACAGUGGAGACGAAGACAACCCAGUUAAGAUCAUAGAUUCUGCUCAUCUUCCAGUCCAUACACCAACAAUAAAGACAAAGAAAUAUCACACUGGCAUCCUCUUUCCUCCUAAGAGUAAGACCCACCAGUUUUUCCUCACGUCCUUUAGUGCUCCUACCAAGUGUCACCAAUGCACGUCUCUGAUGGUGGGUUUGAUCAGACAGGGCUGUGCCUGUGACGCAUGUGGGUUCUUGUGUCACACAACCUGUGUCGAAAAAGCUCCAAGAGCUUGUCCAGUGCCUGAUCACCAGAAGAAAGAACCCUUCUGUCUAGACCCAUGGCAGGGUCUGGGGACAGCCUACGAAGGCCAUGUCUGGAUCCCAAAGAAAACAGGAAUGAAAAAAGGCUGGCAGAGAGCACUGGUUAUAGUCUGUGACUUCAAACUCUUCUUCUACGACAUAAACGAAGACAGAGGCUCAAAACCCAAUGCCGUAGUGAGUCAAGUGAUUGACAUGAGGGAUGGAGCUUUUUCAGUCGGUUCUGUGUGGCCCUCUGAUCUUACUCCUGCCAGGAGAAAGGAAAUGCCCCGCCUAUUUAAAGUCACAGCCUCUCAGCUCUCAGCACCUAGUAAUAAAUAUUCAAUCCCAAUAUUAGCAGAUAGCGGGAGUGAGAAGAGUGCGUGGGUGGAGGUGCUGAGUGACUUGCACAGGACAUUGAAAAAGAACCAUUUCAGAGACCGCUCAGGCUAUGUUCUCAAAGAGGCUUAUGACAGCAGUCUACCCCUGAUCAAAACCACCCAGGCAGCUGCAAUCAUAGAUCCCAAAAGAAUCGCUCUGGGCAAUGAAGAAGGGCUAUUUGUCGUGCACAUUACUAUAGAUGAGAUCCUCCGGGUUGGUGACUUGAAGAGGGUCCAUCAGAUCGAGCUCAUCCCACAGGGCCAGAUUGUGGCCGUGAUCUCCGGACGCAGUCACCACGUGCAGCUGUUUCCCAUGUUGGCUCUGGACGGACGGAAGACGAACGUCCACAAGCUGGUGGAGACCAGAGGGUGCCAGGCCAUGGCCUCUGGAACAGUGUGCCAGGGGGCCCGCACGUGCCUCUGCGUCGCCAGGAAAAGCCAGGUCCUCUGCUUUGAGCUGUUUCCGGGCAAGAAGAUCUCUCACAGAAAGUUUAAAGAAGUCCAAGUCCCAACCAGUGUCCAGUGGAUGGCCAUCUUGGGUGAACAGCUCUGUGUGGGAUUCCAGUCGGGCUUCCUGAGAUACCCCUUGAGGAGAGAGGGGACCCCACACAGGAUGCUGCAUGCACACGACCCCACCCUGGCGUUUAUCGCCCGUCACCCGGAGGAUGCCCUGUGUGCAGUGGAGAUCUCCAGCAUCGAGUUCCUGCUGUGCUUUAAGAGCAUUGGAGUGUACAUCGACAGCAGGGGCCUCCGGUCCAGGCCCGUGGAGCUGAUGUGGCCCGCAACUCCCAGCUAUUGUCGUUACAGUGCCCCAUAUCUCUCAGUCUACAGUGAAAACGCAGUGGACGUCUUUGAUGUGAACUCCAUGGAGUGGAUCCAGACUGUCCCCGUCAGGAAGGUUCGACCUUUAAAUAAUGAAGGAUCCCUGAAUAUCUUACAUUUGGAGACGAUUAGAUUGAUAUAUUUCAAAAAUAAGAUGGCAAAUGAAGACGAGCUGGUCUUCCCUGCAACUUCAGCAAAUCCUCUGAGGCAGAUGGUCCCACACGCCAACAGCAAGCGGCGUUACUCCUUCCGAGUCCCCAAAGGGAAAAAGACCCUCUCCAAGGGGCUGUGACCACCCUCAAGGGGGAUGGGGGGGAGAGCGAGGGACCACUCACCCCUCUCGGAAAAUGGAGCUGGGCCAGGGUCAUCUGCUCCCUUGGUGGUGGUGAGUAGGAAAGCCAGGGGGCUGCGAGGGGGGUCAUUUCUCUUUGAGCGUGGAAUGAUGGAUAGUUCGUGUGUGAGCCUCUGCACAAGGCCACCGCAGAGCGUGUGUGCACCCCACGACGUGUCCCGUGAGCAAUAAACAGGACAUGCGUGCAGCUGGAGAGACUCCUUUCUGACUCGGUCUGCCUUCCUUAAAGUUGGCUGUGAUUUCUGUAACCAGAGGGGCAGAAAAUGAGGCCGAUCUUCAUUUGACCUACAAAUAAAAACACAAUUAAAAAACGAA